AUGGCCCAUGUCACACUGAACUUGAAUGACCUGUGUGAUAGGUUGGGGAGCAGCACCUUCAAAAACAUGCAGCGCCGGCACACGACCUUGAGGGAGAAGGGCCGCCGGCAGGCUAUCCGGGGUCCUGCCUACAUGUUCAAUGAGAAGGGCACUAGCCUGACGCCUGAGGAAGAGCGCUUCCUAGACUCAGCCGAAUAUGGCAACAUCCCGGUGGUCAGGAAAAUGCUGGAGGAGUCCAAGACCCUCAAUUUCAACUGCGUGGACUACAUGGGACAGAAUGCGCUGCAGCUGGCUGUGGGCAACGAGCACCUGGAGGUCACGGAGUUGCUGCUCAAGAAAGAGAACUUGGCGCGGGUGGGGGACGCGUUGCUGCUGGCCAUCAGCAAGGGCUACGUGCGCAUUGUGGAGGCCAUUCUCAACCACCCGGCCUUCGCACAGGGCCAGCGCCUGACACUCAGCCCGCUGGAGCAGGAGCUGCGGGACGACGACUUCUAUGCCUAUGAUGAGGAUGGCACGCGCUUCUCUCACGACAUCACGCCCAUCAUCCUGGCGGCCCACUGCCAGGAGUACGAAAUCGUGCACAUCCUGCUGCUCAAGGGCGCCCGCAUCGAGCGGCCCCACGACUACUUCUGCAAGUGCACCGAGUGCACCGAGAAGCAGCGGAAAGACUCGUUCAGCCACUCGCGCUCCCGCAUGAAUGCCUACAAAGGACUGGCAAGCGCCGCCUAUUUGUCACUGUCUAGCGAAGACCCUGUCCUCACCGCACUGGAGCUAAGCAACGAAUUAGCCAGACUAGCCAACAUUGAGACUGAAUUCAAGAACGAUUACAGGAAGUUAUCUAUGCAAUGCAAGGAUUUUGUGGUGGGCGUGCUGGACCUGUGCCGAGACACAGAAGAGGUGGAGGCGAUUUUAAAUGGUGAUGUGAACUUCCAAGUCUGGUCCGACCACCACCGACCAAGUUUGAGCCGGAUCAAACUCGCCAUUAAAUAUGAAGUCAAGAAGUUCGUUGCUCAUCCUAACUGUCAGCAGCAAUUGCUUACCAUGUGGUAUGAAAAUCUCUCAGGCUUACGUCAACAGUCUAUCGCUGUGAAAUUCCUGGCUGUCUUUGGAGUCUCCAUAGGCCUCCCUUUUCUCGCCAUAGCCUAUUGGAUUGCUCCCUGCAGCAAGCUAGGACGAACCCUGAGGAGCCCUUUCAUGAAGUUUGUAGCCCAUGCAGUUUCUUUUACAAUCUUCUUGGGACUGUUAGUGGUAAAUGCGUCCGACCGAUUUGAAGGUGUUAAAACCCUGCCCAAUGAAACCUUCACAGACUACCCAAAACAGAUCUUCAGAGUGAAAACUACACAGUUCUCCUGGACAGAAAUGCUCAUCAUGAAAUGGGUCUUAGGAAUGAUCUGGUCGGAAUGUAAAGAAAUCUGGGAGGAGGGGCCGCGGGAGUACGUGCUGCACCUGUGGAACCUCCUGGAUUUCGGGAUGCUGUCCAUCUUCGUGGCCUCCUUCACCGCACGGUUCAUGGCCUUCCUGAAGGCCAGCGAGGCCCAGCUGUACGUGGACCAGUACGUGCAGGACGACACGCUGCACAACGUCUCACUUCCGCCAGAAGUGGCCUACUUCACCUACGCCAGGGACAAGUGGUGGCCUUCAGACCCUCAGAUCAUAUCCGAAGGGCUGUAUGCAAUAGCGGUCGUGCUGAGCUUCUCUCGCAUUGCGUACAUCUUGCCAGCCAACGAGAGCUUUGGGCCCCUACAGAUCUCCCUGGGGAGAACUGUGAAAGAUAUCUUCAAGUUCAUGGUCAUUUUCAUCAUGGUAUUUGUGGCCUUCAUGAUUGGGAUGUUCAACCUGUAUUCUUACUACCGAGGUGCAAAGUACAACCCAGCGUUUACAACGUGAGUAUCCCAGGGCUCUCCUCUGAGGCUCUCUCUGGCUUUCCUGGGAAUUCUUGGGACUCUCUUGCAAGUA